AACACCAGCAGAUAUGGAGCUCAACCAGGUUGCGGUACCCGCCGUAUACGCUUUAAUAUCGUUCCUUGGGUAUCCAUCACAGAUACUCCUCUCUUACUUAGAUCCCGGACCUUUGACGAAGAAUGAACUCAUCCUAUCAAAUACUGCCCUCGUGCUUAUUUACAUCACAUACACCAAGUCGGUAUUUGUGGAUCCAGGGCGCAUUCCAAAGGGCUGGGAGAAGAAGGAUGGGGAAGAGCCUAGGAAAAUGAACGGAAAUGGGGAGAAGAAGGGCGGACAAAGCAGGAAAUGGUGUCGGAAAUGCGAUGCUCCGAAGCCACCGCGGACUCAUCAUUGUAAAGAGUGCAAGAGAUGCAUACCGAAAAUGGACCACCACUGCCCCUGGACCGCAAACUGUGUCUCGCAUACCACCUUUCCGCACUUCCUUCGUUUCUUGUUCUACGCUACCUGCGGUCUCUCCCUACUAGCCUACUUCCUCUGGAUCCGCAUCUCGACCCUCUGGGCCAACCGCAAUCUGCCCGCCUACCUCGGUCCCAGCCCUUGGCUCGUCGCCCACCUCUUCAUCGCCACAGUAGCCAAUUCCAUCACCCUGUUUGCGUUAGGUGUUCUUUUCAUCAGGAACAUAUGGUGCUUAGCCGUAAACACGACGACGAUUGAGGGCUGGGAAAUAGAGAGGCAUCGCACGCUUGUGAGACGCGCACGGCAUUUCGGUGGCUGGCUUGAUGGGCCGGAUGGAGCAAAAGUGCGGAUUGAGAAGCAGGAGUUUCCAUACGACAUCGGGAUAUGGAAGAAUAUCAAGCAAGGCAUGGGUACUGGAAACCCCCUAUCCUGGUUCAAUCCCUUCGCGCCCACCCCGACCCUCUCAACUGGCCUCUCCUUCGAAACAAACGGCUUCGAUGACCCCUCCUUAUCCUGGCCACCUCCCGAUCCGGACCGCUCGUAUCGGCGCUUCCCGCAGUCCAGCAGCAACGGCGCCGAAGGCUUCACCUACUCCGAAGCUAAUCUCAGCUCCGAAGAAACAAUAGCAGCGUUCCGAGAGCGACAAGCCGCCGAUGCAGUAAGAAGGAGGAAGCCGUUUCUUCAGCGCGUGGAGACGAAGUUGGCGCAGGAACGGAGAAAUCCGUUCCAAGACGAGCUGGAGUAUGGAAGCGGUGAUGAGGAAGAGUAUGAGGGCGGAGGUAAGAGCGGAGAAGGAAGCCAGAGCGGGGAGGAAGGGUGGCGGAACUCGGAGGGCGAGAGGCUAAAGGACUUUGGCGUAGAUGAAGAGGUUGAAUUCUACGAUGAGCAGGAGGAUGACGUCCCCUUGGGCGAGCUACUGGCGCGGAAAAGAGAAGCCGCUUCAGCGUAUCAAUGAGAUUAAUGGCAUGAAGGUGUCAGCUUCACCUCCG